AUGAGGCAAAACCCUCCGAAAGAACCAUCUGAGGAAGAAGUUUUACAAUACAUUGUGGAUAAUGUCAACAAACUACUCUCAAGGCACUACUCACUGGUGGAGUUUGAUGCCAUACAGGGAACUGACCUACUUCAAAUUCUCGCUGAUAUAUUUGGAACGCUUUCGCCCGCUCAGCAAAUAGAUAUGGGAGUUGCGCCAACGGAUGAGGCAGCGGCGUCAAUGCUGGAGUUCCUUACCAAAACACUUGGUUACCGCGUGCCACCGAUGCUCGCCGACUCUUUCCCCACCAGCUUUUCACGAGCUGAGCCAACAGUUAUUUACCCAACACUGUAUUGGGUUCUCUCCAAUAUGCAGCAGAAUGAGAAGCGCGUUUACCUCGCCAGGUUCCUCCAGCGUUUGGAGAUCCCAGAGGCGAUGCUGGCACAGGAUGAGGAUGUGCGAGCCUUAUAUCAACAGUACGUGAAUCUCCGUGGUAUGUUUGUGAACACCCAUCGUCGUGUGGACGCUUUGAGGACAGCCCAUGCGGACCCCGCCGAUGCCCGCCGUGCAGUCACCGUGCUGGAGGAGGAGUGUGACCGCCUAAGGGGAUAUAUUCAAGUUGCGGAAAAGAAACUCGCUGGUGUUCCCGACAAGGAAGCAUUGUUGAAUGCUUGCAAAUCGCUUCGUGCUGCCUUAGAGGAGGAAUCGAGACUUGCAGAAAAGGGUGUGGAGUUGCAACAACAACUUAUAUCAUCACGGCAGCGAAGCACGGAAAUGCACAACCGCCUUCAGAAUCUCCGCCGAGACGCCGCCGAUGGGCGUGUAGACGUCAUAGUGCGCCGACUGAGAGACGAAAUACAAACAAACAAAAUGAUUAUUGAGGAGCAACUGCCGAAGGAAUUGCAACAGAAGCAACGCGAGAACGCUGAAUUUGAUCGUCUCAUAUCCGAACCAUUAGAUAUGCAGGCUCUUACCACAGAGAACCAACAGCUUGACGAGGCGCUUAAAAAACUUCACCAACAAGUGAAAGAGCGACAGAAACCAGGUGAAGAUGGGAGUACAAUUGCGACGAUCAAACAACAGGUAGAGCGCGUGGCCAAACGGAAGGUGGAGGUAAUGGAGCAACUUACCGGUCUUCAAGCCGACAACAGCCGAACGCUUAAUGAUAUACGAGAGCGUGAGAACCGCAUUGAGCAGCUCCGGGAGGCCCAUCACAUGCUGAAAGAUGAUGACUUCCGUGAAUUUUCAAAGCAGGUACUGGCCAAGAAAGCAGCAACUGAGUCGAUGCGGACUCAUUUGUCAGAGCAGCGUGUCGAGUAUGGUGUUUUAAACUUUACUGAAAAUGUCCUCAGGUCUCAGUUUACUUCACUGGAUGCAGAAAUUGGAGACUUGGAGGGGAAACUUGGACUUCAAGGGUACAGCCGCACAGUGGAAACACUGAGCAAACUCACUCAUGAAAAGGAUGCUAUCGAAGGACUCAAGGGGAAGACACUGGAAGAGCUCUCCCGUGUCGUGCAGGACUUCACUAUGGCAAUACGAGAGCGUCGGACGAAACUUGCACCACUCAUUAACGAGCUCCGUAGCGUUCGUCAGACAGUAGCGGAGGUGGAUCAGGAAUGGGCAGAGAAAAAGACUCAGUACGAGUACCAGGAGAGCGUGCUCAUGGAGGAUAUCACAAAGAUCGAGCGUGAGGUGCAAUCCCUUCAUGAAGAGACGAGUACUGAUGAGUCCGUAUACCACCGCCUGCAGGCGCAGCACUUGCUUCUCAAAGCCCACGUGGAUCGUAUAGAAGCCGAGAAGGACUUUGCGGAAAUUGUUCGGCGGGGUGCAGAGGCAGCGGACGCCGCCGAAAAAGAGGGGGUCGUUUCAGGCUCGGGUUCCCUCAAGUGCGCGCACUGUGCCAAAGCGUGCGCUAACAAAGGAUGGCUUCUGUACCACCUCUGCAGGGAGCAUGGUCUCACUGUCAUGGCAGAGAAAGCCUUCGAGUCUGCCAUUGAAGAUCUACAAAUACGAUUACGGGAUCUGCAGCAGAAGCAGCGGGACAUCCAGGAGAAUUAUGAACAAAACGUGCAGCAAGUAGAAUGGUUUGGAAAUCUGAAGCGCGUACUGGAGGCGAAGCUUCGUACCUUGCACAACGAGGGGUCGCGUUGCCGCAAUGCACUUGACAGUGACAUCAAGGAAAUUAUGGGUAGCGCAGGCGCUGGUGGAGCCAAUGUUGACAUGUUGGUACUUCCGGGUGACUAG